GCUAAUAUCUUCACGGACGGUGUGAACACACGAUUUCAAACAUCGGCCAACGUUACCGCAAAGGAAAAAUAAUUAAAUACCGUAGCAGAGUGUCGUCUGCUUCAUCACUGAUUCCAUAUUUUGAUUGCGACCAGAUAACGGAUCGAACAUUUAUUGUGGAAAUAUCCUUUUUCUUAGAAAAUCACUCAAAAUUAUAUAUUUAUAUUAUCUUUCUGAUGGGAUUCACAGCAAUUGAAGCUGAAAAGCGGCAGAAAGUGUGAGGAUAAUUUAUUAUUAUAGAUCCCUCUGAUCCAAUUUGGUGUAAGUGAGUAGAAUUAGUCGAGAGUUUGAGUCUGGAAUUCAAGGGAUAAGUGGGAUUGGAUGGGGAAUUCUGAUUUACGAGUUGGACUUGAAGAGAGACAAGGAUAGAUUUGAUGGUACUGUGAAGUGAUUCAAGGAAAGCAACUGUUCAAUUGUUUUAAGUGUUAAUGUCUUCAAAUUUCAAUCACUCCGUUUGUUCUUUUUAGAUCAAUGUGAAAACUGAAUUGUGGUGGGGAUUAGUAUGGAAACUACUUAAUUUAGCUGAAUAUGGGAAGAAUUUGUCUUCUCAAUGAAAGAAACUGUUGAGAAAAAAAUUAAGUUUUUUGAAGAUAUCUUUGUUGGCUUUAUUGAUUGAAUGAAGUGCAGUCCAUUCAACAGUUGAAACGCAUUGAAUAAUUUUGUAAGCUUUCUUUAUUGGCUUGGUGAAGUGAUUGAAGUGCAGUCUACUCAUUGGUUGAAAACAGGUUGAGCCGAUUAUUGGUUGUUUUUAUAUGUUAUGUGGUAAGGUGCUUCAUGUCAAAUGAUGUUCUGUACGAAAUUGUUUAAAGUAGUAUGGCAACUCCUGUUGAGCCUCCGAAUGGGGUUGGAACUCCAGGUAAGCACUACUAUUUAAUGUGGCAAACACUGUUUGAGAUUGAUACAAAGUAUGUGCCAAUCAAGCCUAUUGGUCGAGGGGCAUAUGGUAUUGUCUGCUCAUCUGUCAACCGGGAAACCAAUGAGAAGGUUGCAAUCAAGAAGAUACAUAAUGCCUUUGAAAAUCGUAUUGAUGCACUAAGAACUCUGCGUGAAUUGAAGCUUCUCCGCCAUCUUCGACAUGAAAAUGUCAUAGCCCUGAAGGAUGUCAUGCUGCCUAAUCAUAAGAGAAGUUUCAAGGAUGUCUACUUGGUUUAUGAGCUUAUGGAUACUGAUUUGCAUCAGAUAAUUAAGUCCUCUCAAGCUCUAUCAAAUGAUCAUUGUCAGUAUUUCCUAUUUCAGUUACUUAGAGGUCUGAAGUAUCUACACUCAGCAAGUAUUCUUCAUCGGGAUUUGAAGCCUGGGAACCUACUUAUCAAUGCGAACUGUGAUCUAAAAAUAUGUGAUUUUGGGCUUGCACGUACAAGCAGUAGGCAGGGCCAAUUCAUGACUGAAUAUGUGGUCACCCGUUGGUAUCGGGCGCCAGAGCUCCUUCUCUGCUGUGACAAUUAUGGCACUUCCAUUGACGUGUGGUCUGUUGGUUGCAUUUUUGCCGAACUUCUUGGUCGGAAACCCAUUUUUCCAGGUACAGAGUGUCUUAACCAGCUUAAACUGAUCAUCAACAUCCUUGGUAGCCAGAGGGAAAAUGAUCUCGAGUUUAUUGAUAACCCAAAGGCGAGAAAGUACAUUAAGUCACUUCCUUACUCUCUGGGAACCCCAUUUUCCCGCCUUUAUCCAAAUGCCCAUCCUCUGGCGCUCGAUCUGUUACAGAAGAUGCUCAUCUUCGACCCUUCAAAGAGGAUAAGUGUAACCGAAGCACUUCAACAUCCAUACAUGUCUCCACUUUAUGAUCCGAGAUGUGACCCUCCGGUUAAUGUCCCGAUCAAUCUCGACAUAGACGAGGAUUUAGGCGAAGAUAUGAUUCGCGAAAUGAUGUGGAUGGAAAUACUUCAUUACCACCCAGAAGCUGCUGCCGCCAACAUGGAGGUAAACACGUAAUGUUUAGUUUCUCCGUUACUGGUGAAAUGACCUUUGUGCUUGUAACAUCAGAACUCUGUAAUUAUCUUUGCUUGUCUUUUUUUUAUUUCAGUAAUCUUGGAAAACAAUACAUUAGCAGUUUGGGCUGUUAAUGCACUUACUAUUAUCUGUUUAAGAAGUUAUUUCACUGCUUGAACUUUUUAUGACAA